AUGGCGCCUGGCCUCGCCCUUUUACUGUCGGUGUCCUCUUUCCCUGCCGGCCUCGCCGCGCACUCUUUCUCCCAUGGCCGUUUCCAUGUUCAAGCGCGGACGGCGGACGCUGUUGUGGCAUCCCAGGGCGUGUCUAUGUUCCCCAAUGGGACUCUGUCCAGCCUUGGCCUGUCCUCGGCUUGCGAAGAUGCGCUGUAUCAGACGGUUGACUGUGAUUCAGCUGUCUCGGACCUCAUCACCGAUGGCUACAUCAGUAGCUCCGGCGAAGCAGCCACAACCGCUCUGGUCUGUGCAGCCAGCUGCGAGGCUUCCAUUGCACAGCUGCAUGACUCCGUGUCGGCCAGCUGUGGCACCUCCGCCGAGCUCAUCCCCGGAAUGUCGUACUUGGAUCUCGUCAACCAGCUCUGGAGUAACUGGAACCAGUCCUGCUUUACGGACCCGACGACAGGUGCAAACUGCAAUGACCAGAUCGCCUCCUGGAACAACUUCACCACCCUUGAAGAGAUUCCAAGCGCGGAUCUAUGCUCGUACUGCUAUGUCAAGAAGCUGGAGCUGAUGCAGGGAGACGCCUAUUCAGACACCUAUAACGCGGAUUGGGAAUCGGUGUAUGAGUAUGUCGCCGCUGCCUGCAACCUCACCGUGACGGACUUCAACGCUACCACCAGCGCCUUCAACGCAUCCGUGCCGACGACGACAGCGGACAGCUGUACGUCUGGUGACAUUUACACAGCCAACGAAGGUGAUACCUGUGACUCGAUUGCCCUAGCCAAGGGGGUCUCGUCGGCGACAAUGUACUACAUCAACCCGGGCCUUGUCAACUGCUCCGAUAUCACGGCCGGCACCACCCUUUGCCUGCCGCUGACCUGCACCAACGUCUACUCCGUGCAGACCAACGACAGCUGCCCCAGCAUCGCAGUGGCCAACUUCAUCACGAGCACGCAGCUAGUUAACUGGAACACCGAGCUGGACGCGGCUUGCUCCAACCUCCACUCCGCCAACCCGGACUGGGGCUCUGUGCUCUGCGUCUCGCCCCCCGGUGGGACAUACACCGGGCAGGCCUUGAACUCGACCUCUGACUCGGACACCCCCAGCGCGGUCUCCCCUCCUGCAGGCGUCAACGUCGCCGUCGGGACAACCCUCGACUGCGGUUCCUGGUUCGUCAACACCGCCGCCCUGAACUACAACUGCUCGUCCAUCUGCCUGGCCAACAGCAUUGCCAUACAUCUGUUCACCGAGGCGAACCCCUCGCUCAACUACACAACCUGCGACGCCGACCUCGUCACCGGCGACGCCUACUGCGUCGAUCCCCUGGACGGCUGGCAGUACAGCAACCAGACCGCGACGAACCAGACCUCCACCGUCACAGCCGCCACCUCGCCAUCGGCUCCCACCCAGACGGGCAUCGCCUCGAACUGCAAUGCAUACUACGCCGCACAAUGCAACUGCGCCUCCGUGGCCGCCGAAUUCGGCAUCACCCUCGCCGACUUCCUCGCCUGGAACCCAGCCGUCUCAUCCGACUGCACCAGCGGCUUCUGGGCCGACGAGGACUACUGUGUCGGCGUCGCCAGCAACACCUCGACGACGACCACAGCAAUAACCACAACUACCUCGGCCUCCCUAACCCUAUCAACAACCAUCACCCCGCCCGCCGCAACCCAAUCCGGCAUCCCGGCUGACUGUAUCAAGUACGCAGUGGCUCAAGCCGGCGACACCUGCGCAACCCUCGCAGCCAAAUACGGCCUCACAGAAGCCCAGUUCCUCUCCUGGAACCCCUCCAUCUCCGCCGACUGCACGACGGGCUUCUGGGCCGACGAGGCCUACUGCGUCGGCGUGUACGUUUCUGCGCCUGCGCCCACGCAGACAGGGAUCCCGAUCACCUGCGACGAGUACUAUGUUGUUCAGUCGGGCGAUACAUGCGCCAGCAUCGCUGCGCAGUUCAGCACGACGGUGGUGCAGUUUCUAGAGUGGAAUCCGGCUGUUGCGGGUGACUGCACGAGUGGGCUUUGGGUUGGCGAGGCGUACUGUGUUUCUGUUUACGAUACGUAUGUUUAG